UAAAGCUAUGAGUGGAAAGUUUUCAAUUAAAUUUUAAAUGUAGCUAGCUCCUUGUGCCUAGGUGCACGUAGGGCGCUUAUUUGUGCGCACGCUAACGUAGGCAUGACAACGCAUGAAGAGCUUCUGUCAUCAUGUUGGGCGAUGUAAGCAACCUUGCCAAUGUAGAGGACAGUGAGGAACAACUGCGUGGUGGUGUUAUGCCGGAAAACUUAGAGAGUAGACCUCGUGAGUAUCUAAAGAAAUUGGUGUUUCCAGUCCUACUACCAGGAAUUGAACAUUUGCUCAAGCAAUGCAACCAAAUGCCCAGACGUAAAAAAAUUCACUUUAAUCCGAUCGACUUCUUGGCAGAGUAUUUGUACAGGAACAAUCCAAUACACAAGGAUAGGGAAAUGGUGCUGAUGAACGAUGUGGAAUUUGUUCAAAGAAUUUUGGUUACAAAGCCUCGACCUCCUUUGCCCUUGUCUGCCACUCUAACAGAAGAGGAAGCAGCAACAAUAAUUCAGUCAUGGUAUAGAGGUCAUGUGGCUCGGUGUGAUAGCGAUGUGCAGGAAUUUAGACAGUGGAUGAAGAAAUUAAGAAAGGAAAUUGAUGCUGCCCGAUGCAUUCAACUGUUCUGGAGACAGAAGCAACAGAGAUGUAACAUACAGAUGUCUUCGACAUGCUAGAUCAAUACAAAUAUCUUCAUGAGUGGACAUGUAAUGGUAAAUGUGUUUGCAUAUAUUGUCAGCUUGUAAUCAUGAUUUACAUUGUAGUUAAUACAAGUAGGGUGUAAGAAUAGAA